UGAGAUUCACUCGAAACCGGCCGUUCGUACAGUCAGCAAGAUAACCAUAUUUUCGGAGUUGCAAACACGGAGCAAAUCAUACUUCUCUUAUUCGCACGAAGGUAUUCUUCUUUUUUUUUUCGUGAUAUUUUUUGUGAUUUAAUGAAAUAAAUUAAUUAUAUCCUGGAAUAAAAUGGAAUGUAACAAAGUACGCGUCGCGUGCGAUUAAUAUCGCGAUUAACGGAAGUGCCGGUGUUAAGUAUCGCGCGAUCGUUGUGUCGUAGUAAUUACAAGUGUGAUUGUAAUUAAGUGUUUCCACGAAUAGGCAUUGUGUGUGACAUAAAAAAGUGUCAGUCGAGAAAAUCGAGAGGAGGAGAAGGCCGAGACGACAAUGGCGAAGCAUCGGGCAAUGGCGAAGCAACCACUGAGUAAAUUUAACAAUGAAGUUUUCCGAGGGUGAAGAAGUUCUUGCCAAACAUCCAAAUACAUCUGAAUAUUAUAAAGGAAAAAUUCUGAAUGUCAAAGGCGAUCGUUAUAGAAUACAGUUUCAAACUGGCACUGAAUAUACAGUUCGAGAGAAUGACAUAAAGGCUGAUAGAUCAGGGAGAACUCCAGCUAGAACAAGCAGAAGAACAGCAAAAAGUCCCUCGAGAUAUUCGCCAAGUAGGAGAUCACCAAGUAGGCGAUCACCAGGAAGGCAGCCAGGUAGAUCGCCUGGGAGAUCACCGACGAUUACAUCUAGAAAAUUGCCUAUUCGUAACACGCGUCUUGCUAAGAUAUCUUUGUCUCGCAUAGAUGUUGAAGAUGACAAAACAAGCAAUCACAAAGGAAGUGAUAUAAAGGUAUUAGAGGAGAAUCUAACUGAAUCAUUGCCUUUGCAACAACGUUUGAUGCAUAUAACGCGUAGACCGACACUUCUUAAGACUGAGCAAGAAUAUAAAUCAAUUAUAUUGACAAGGAAUAUUGAUAGAGCCGUCUCGCUUCCGGUGGAGAGGAAAAAUUAUGUACAAGAUUAUCCUCCAGGAGAAAAAGAGAGAGGAUAUUCGGUACAAAGAGAAGAUCUGACAAAACAUGACAGCGAAAAAUGGGAGACAGUGGUAAAACGUGAGAAAGAAAUAAAUAGAGUCGAUAAACCGCAAGAAUGGGGCGGAUGGAUUGGGACAUUUUUCCUCAUAUUUAUAUUACCAAUGUCUGUAAUUGUACCACAACUCUUGUGCUCGAAGAAACAAUGCAAAUCUGCAUUUAUAAAACUAUCUGUCAAUUUGGAAUCUUAUCUAAAUUUAUAUACGUUGUUAUCAUACGUUACAUUUUUAACACUACUGGCUUGUGUGUCAAUUAUACCGAUUGGGAAAAUCGUAGAUGGACAGCAAAGUAAGAUCGGAAGACUUCAAUAUCGUGUAAAUGGCUUUUUAAGCGCUAUACUGACGAUAACGAUAUUCAGUUUCUGCAUAUAUAUGAACAUAUCAAUCACUGAUUAUAUUCUGAAUAAUAUGGUACAGUUAUCAAUUAGCGGUUGGAUUGUGGGAACAAUCUUAGCUCUAGGAUUAUAUAUCAAGGCAGGGAAAGUUUCAGUGGCUAACCUGAAUAUAUAUGCAUCAACCAACAGCAAGAUAUAUAAUUUUUGGCAAGGCAGAGAGAUUAAUCCACGAAUCGGCACUUUAGACAUUAAAUUGCUGUUAAUUCGAGCUUCUCUUAUUGGAACGUUGAUUGUGGACAUAGCCAUUGCGAUUAAAGCUAUUGGCGAUAUAAAAAAUUUAAGUAUUGAGAAACUUGAUAUGACUGCAUUAUUAACUGUUAUCUUGCAACUGUCUUAUGUCAUGCAUGGAUUAAUAUACGAAGCCAGUAUCUUUACAUCCUUUAAAAUAAUGUACGAAGGAACUGGAUACAUGACAUGUGUCGGUCACUUAUUAUCUCCGUUUUUGACAACUCUCACCACAAGAUUUAUGUUAUAUCAAAAGAUGAAGUUUAACUAUUUUGCUAGUAUAUUUGUUUUGAGUUUCAUAACAGGAUAUAUUUUGUAUAGAAGUAGUAAUUUGCGGAAAAAUGAAUUCAGAAAGAAUCCAUUUUCGCCGACAGUACCUUAUCUGGAAACUAUCCCGACAUCUCGUGGGAAGAAGUUGAUGUUAUCUGGUUUAUGGGGCUAUGUGAGACAUCCCAAUUAUUUGGGUGACAUCAUAAUGCAAUGGUCUAUCGCGUGCAUUAGCUUAGCAUAUGACAUUCUGCCGUAUUACGCGGCGAUUUAUUGUACAUUAGUGCUUGCUUACAGAGCCAUAAGAGACAAUAGACGUUGUCAGAUGCGAUAUGGAUAUGCUUGGGAGCAAUAUUGUUUGCGCGUGAAAUAUAUGAUUUUGAAGCCUAUAUUUUAAGGCAAUAGAAUAGAGGUAUUUUUUAACGAAAUACCGAAUUCUAUAUCAGAGUUUUAUCUUUUGACGAUAAUGCUCAUUAGAUUUUAUAGGAUCUCGCAUUUUACAAGAUUUUUAUGAAAUAUAGUGAUAUAGUAGUAUUAUAAAGUAUACAAAUAUAGAAUUGGUAAGAGCCAAAAAUAUUUUGAUAAUGAAGAGAUUUCACAUUAGAGAGAGAAAGAUAUAUAUAUAUAUAUUUAAAUUUAUGAUAUGAAUCUCCAUAUGUGAUGAAAAGAGAACAAAACGGUACCGUUUUGAAGAAGAGAGAAAAAUUAUUUGUAUUUUAGAAUAAGUAUAUAUAUAAAUAUAUAUAUAUUUACAUAGAGCAUACUCUUGUUAAGACAUGUGCCUGUAACAUCGAGCAUUACAAACUUGAAUACAAAUUAAGAAGUUUUAUACUUUUAUAUAGCAUAAGUGUACAAUUUUGUCAUAUGAUUACAAUAGAAAGAUUAUUA